GCACACGGUAAUUGAACCUCUCCUCGUUCCUCACACAGACCACACUCAUUCGCUUCGUUACCAACGCCCUCUCAUUAGCAACAUUCACACUCCGCGGAGCUCCCAAAGCUACCACUCAUCAAACAACAGCAACAGAAUCCGCGGAUUCCGUUUUAAAAGCCGUUACGAUUUUUUUUCUCUCUCUCACUCUCACACUCACGCAUUCUCUGGCUUCUUCCGUUUUCGCUUCUCGUAGCCUUCUCCGAACCACCAUGGCUUCCAUUGCCGGAUCCAACUGCGUCGCUCUCCGAACCGCCAACUUCGCCGCCUCCGGUAACCGGAAAAUCGGUCAGAUCCGGCAUUGGUCUCCGAUUCCGACGAAUCUACGUUCCGUUUCCUCCGGUCUUCGCUUCCAAUCGAACGCACCGUUUACCUCCUCCGGUGUGAGAGCGCAGGUUGCUACGUUUCAGGAAGCGGGAACCGGAGCGAAUCUGAAAGUGGAAGCGCCGGUUGUAGUGGUGACCGGAGCUUCCAGAGGUAUUGGCCGAGCGAUUGCGCUGUCGUUAGGUAAAGCAGGUUGCAAGGUUCUGGUCAACUAUGCUAGGUCAUCCAAGGAAGCUGAGGAGGUUUCCAAGGAGAUUGAGGCAUUUGGUGGGCAAGCUCUCACAUUUGGUGGAGAUGUUUCUAACGAGGCUGAUGUGGAGUCUAUGAUUAAAACUGCAGUUGAUGCUUGGGGAACUGUCGAUGUAUUAAUAAACAAUGCAGGAAUAACUAGAGAUGGUUUACUAAUGAGAAUGAAGAAACCUCAGUGGCAGGAGGUUAUUGAUCUAAACCUCACUGGUGUUUUCCUUUGCAUACAGGCUGCAGCAAAGGUUAUGAUGAAGAAAAAGAAGGGAAGGAUUGUCAAUAUUGCAUCAGUUGUUGGUUUGGUUGGCAAUGUUGGACAAGCCAAUUACAGUGCUGCAAAAGCAGGAGUAAUUGGCCUGACAAAAACUGUUGCAAAGGAAUAUGCUAGCAGAAACAUCACUGUUAAUGCAGUUGCUCCAGGGUUUAUUGCAUCUGACAUGACUGCCAAGCUAGGACAAGACACUGAAAAAAAGAUUUUGGAGACAAUCCCAUUAGGAAGAUAUGGCCGACCAGAUGAAGUUGCUGGACUGGUGGAAUUCUUGGCUCUUAAUCAAGCUGCCAGUUACAUAACUGGGCAGGUUUUCACCAUCGAUGGAGGUAUGGUGAUGUAAAUCAGCAAUUGUUUACCUGGCAACUUGAGCUUUUGUACUUUACUCGCAUCGUGCUCUACGGUGACAGUUUGUUCCUUGCUGAGUUUUGCUUUACCUUGUUAGAAUCUUAGUUGAGCUCACUAAGGUGAGUUCAACAAUCAAGCUUCUUUGGCUGUGUAGCAUUUUGGUAUUUAUUAGCGGAAUAGGCGUAAUUCUUGUAAGCAAUUCAGUUGCUUUGGCCUUUAGUUUUUUCUGUCUUGGAUGUUCUUUGCGGGAAAUGGGAAUGCGCUCAUUUAAGAAUGGUGUUUAUUUUCUGUCACCCGCAAUAAAUCCUUAAUAGUGAAAAAGUGGCAUCGCUGAAUUACUAUAUGCUAUGUAUGACUUGUAUUUGCAACCUUGUUAGAUGGUCCUCACUAAAGCUUGAAUGCUUUGUUGGCGAGAGGACGAUUAGGCUGUUGCUCAUUUAAUACUUUAGUACUUUAUAGUUUGCGUGGCU